UAUUUUUCUGGCACAUACGGCCAUAGAUUCAAGAAAUUUAGCCAUCCCGUUCGAUCUGGCCUAUACAAGCUUGAAAUCGGCGGAUUAGUAGUCAGGUGGGUGACCACUGGCGAAUCCCCGCUGUCGUAUGUUUUUUUUGCAGUUUUUGCAUCUUCCUCGGUUUUUCUGAAUCACGUGACGUGUGUCUUGCCAUAUUCCUUCAUUGCAUUUCGUAGGACUCUGAGGAAUUUCCACAUCUACUGUCAUAUAGGUUGUAACAACGCGACUAAAUUAUGGAUGUCGACAUAUUACACGUGA